AAUUUUUGCAUGAACUCCACAAGGACGGCAUUUUUCACGCCCACAUUUCUUCGAAUCCGUCACCCAGUUGCUAGGUGACCAAUGAUAGAUUUGCAUUUUCAAUAGUGGUUCUAAGGCGCCUAGCUUCAUGUAUAUAAUAAAUAUACAUCAGGGCCUUGAACUAUCAUCAUUUAUUUCAUUUCCUUUCAUACAGACUUGGGCUUACAGUACUCUUACUCAGUACCUUUUCUCUCAUCCAAUUUGACAAUGUUCUUGCCAAGCGUUCAUGCCGAGACCGACGAGGCAGUUUUACUAGAGUUUAUUCGAGAAAAUCCUCUGGGAGUCCUGAUCACCAGCAUCGAGUCCUCUCAUCAUGACUUCCUUCAAUGCACCCAUGUUCCAUUUGUGCUCGACCUACCGGAAGAACCUGGCCGAUCGAAACCCCGACUCAGGGCUCAUAUUGCCAAACAAAACCCGCAGACCAAGGCAAUGAUCGAAGCCGUGGAUGGCAAACCGCCGAAUGUCUUGGAGCUUGACAGCGAAGUGCUGGUGCUCUUCAAUGGCAGGCAUGAUCAUUACGUGACCCCGAAAUAUUAUGUUGAGACGAAGCCGGACACGGGCAAAGUCGUUCCAACAUGGAAUUAUUCUGCCGUGCAAGUCUAUGGCAAAUUGUCGCUCUACUACGAUUCGAAAACACCGGAGACGAGCACGUUCCUCGCGAAGCAGCUUCAUGACCUGUCUGAGCAUACGGAGAGGUCGAUAAUGGAUUACACUGGUGGCGAACGGCCCCAGCCAUGGAAGGUCGCGGAUGCGCCGGACGCUUACAUUGCUCUCAUGCAAAGGAAUAUUGUGGGCAUUGAGAUUCAGAUCAAUAAGAUUCAGGGAAAACACAAGAUGAGCCAGGAAAUGCGACCCGGUGAUCGCGAAGGCGUAGUUGAAGGCUUUGCGAAGCUAGGAGGUGAUGCCGGCGUUGCUCUCUCAGCCUUGGUCAAGGAGCGAGGAGAGUUGCAUGAUCUGAAAAAGCAAGAGACGAAGAAAUAGACUCAAUGGACUUCAAAGCGAGGAUUUAUCCAUCUCGAAAUCUUCAGGAUUAUAGAGGCUAUAGGAAGAAACCCUACCAUGGCAAUUUGAAUAUAUUUUGUCUUUAAUACUUGUAUCGGCUAUGUUAACAGAC